UAAUAGCAGGUUUUCAGUUUCAUUUCGGUUGUGCUCAGACUGAAAGAAAGUGGGGAAAAGAUUACAACAUAUCCGGGCGAGAGAAAGAGAGAGAAAGAGAGAGGGACAGCACCCUGUAAUUUCUUUUUAAAGACGGGUGAAGCAGUUUCUCUGAGGGACCCUGAAGAGCGCGGGUUGCAAUGAUAAGGGGUUGGGUAACGUGGCUCUCCAUGGUGUCCAUCACCGGGAUGGUGAACGGUGCCCGUGGUGGAUACGGGAUGAGUAUGUUCACGGCUCAGUCCUCCACUCCGGACCCGUGUUACGACGAGAACGGCAACCCGAGACGCUGCAUCCCCGACUUCGUGAACUCCGCGUUCGGAAAGGACGUGCGCGUCUCCAGCACCUGCGGCAGCCCCGCGUCCCGGUACUGCGUGGUGACCGAGAAGGGCGAGGAAAGAUCCAGAGAUUGCAACAUCUGCGACGCGUCAGACCCCAAGAAGUCGCAUCCACCCGCGUAUCUGACAGACCUCAACAACCCGCACAACCUCACCUGCUGGCAGUCGGAAAACUACGUGCAGUAUCCGCAAAACUUGACCCUGACGCUGUCCCUUGGCAAAAAGUUCGAGGUGACCUACGUGAGUCUCCAAUUCUGCUCGCCUCGCCCCGAAUCCAUGGCCAUUUUCAAGUCUAUGGAUUAUGGCAAAACCUGGGUGCCCUUCCAGUUCUACUCAGCCCAGUGUAAGAAAAUGUUCAACAAGCCGAGCAAAGCUGCAAUCACCAAGCAGAACGAGCAGGAGGCGAUCUGCACGGAUUCCCACACAGACAUGCAGCCUUUGACAGGUGGCCUCAUCGCUUUCAGCACCCUGGAUGGCAGACCCUCUGCGCACGACUUUGACAACUCCCCCGUGCUCCAGGACUGGGUCACGGCCACCGAUAUCAAAGUGACCUUCAACCGGCUGCACACGUUCGGUGAUGAGAAUGAGGAUGACUCGGAACUGGCCAGGGACUCGUAUUUUUACGCGGUGUCGGACCUGCAGGUCGGUGGUCGGUGUAAGUGUAACGGACACGCGUCGAAGUGCGUCAAAGACCGGGAAGGAAACUUGGUGUGCGAGUGCAAGCACAACACGGCGGGACCGGAGUGUGACAGGUGUAAGCCGUUCCACUAUGACCGGCCGUGGCAACGCGCAACGACCCGAGAGGCGAACGAAUGCGUCGCCUGCCACUGUAAUCUACAUGCUCGCCGCUGCCGCUUCAACAUGGAGUUGUACAAGCUAUCGGGCCGCAGGAGUGGAGGGGUCUGUCUCAACUGCAGACACAACACAGCCGGACGCCACUGCCACUACUGUAAAGAGGGUUAUUACCGAGACAUGACCAAAGCCAUCUCGCACAGACGUGCAUGCAAAGCAUGUGAUUGCCAUCCAGUUGGCGCAGCUGGUAAGACCUGCAACCAGACGACUGGUCAGUGCCCAUGCAAAGAUGGCGUGACUGGCAUCACUUGCAACCGCUGUGCCAAAGGCUACCAGCAAAGCCGCUCACCCAUCGCCCCCUGUAUAAAAAUUCCUGUUGCUGCACCUACGGCCACUUACAGCAGUUCAGAAGAGCCAUCAGAUUGUGACUCCCACUGUAAGACCUCAAAAGGCAAGAUGAAAGUCACCAUGAAAAAAUACUGCAAAAAAGAUUUUGCUGUCCAGAUUCACGUACUAAAAGGAGACAAGGCGGGCGAAUGGUGGAAAUUCACCAUCAACAUCAUAUCUGUGUAUAAGCAGGGCGGACACCGCAUUCGCAGAGGAGACCAGCUCCUGUGGGUUCGUGCUAAAGAUGUGGCAUGCAAGUGUCCGAAAAUCAAACCCGGCAGGAAAUAUCUGCUCAUGGGUUCCGAUGACGACGAAUCCCGAGGUCAGAGCAGCGUAGUGGCGGACAAGAGCAGCCUGCUCGUCCCCUGGAAAGACCUAUGGGCCCGUAGGCUAAGAAAGUUCCAGCAACGUGACAAGCGGGGCAAAUGCUAGAGGGGAAACAUUGAAGAACAGGAGGGAAGACAAAAUAAUGACCCAAGCACCUACAAGUUGGAGCAGAUGGUUGUUGUUGUUGUUAACAUUGACCAGAAUUGUGGUGAAGGACAACCGGUUUUGCAGUUUUGCCUUCCGUAGUUAGUCAAUUUUUUUCCCAUCAAGAUUUUAUUUUUUCAUAUCUUCAACUUUGCAGAAUUUGCACCUACUGUUAAGUAUACAUAUAUGUAAAGUCGUGUUUGUGUGAUCCUUUCUGGUGUCUCUUUAUGAUUUCUGUCUUUUUUCACAAAGGAUGAAAGAGAAACAAGCUACUGAGUCACUAUAUCUGCGUGAAAAUGAUCCUUCAGGAUUAGUGUGUUGGCUUCUAGGAUGGUGAAUAUUUCAAAGUUCAAAGUACAUACACUACCAGUCAAAAGUCUGGAUAUACUACUUGACUGAAAUGUUUCUCAUGAUUAUUAAAUUAUUUUGAUUAAAAGGCUUAUGCCUAAGUGCAUGCAGUGAUUUUGUUGGCCAAAAUAAAUUGUGCCUAUGUAUACAUUUCUUCCCAAAACUAAAAUUGUAAUGACUCCUUCAAUAGUGUUUAAAAAGAAAGAUAGCUAUAGUUGUAUAAUAUGAGUUGUAUAAGACAGCAUUCUCUUGGUCACUAUGUAAUUCUCAUACCUCCAUUUAUGUUAUUUCAAAGUUUUGAUGACUUUUGAAAAAUAUGGAAAAUAGUAAUCGGCUGUCAAUCGAUUCACAUUUUUAUUGAAUUAAUUACAUGAUGUGUUGAAUUAUUAAUCGAAUUAUCCACAUAUCAAUAUUUACUGUGAAAGCCCUCAAAAUAAAGGUAAUUUAGAAUAUAAUAAUUAUAAAUAUAGUAUAUAAUAAAUAGUAUAAUUCAGUGAAUUCAAAUACAUUACAUAAUAUACAUAUGUUGUAGCAAAAGAAAAGUAAAGCAUUUAGACAAUAUAAAAAUUGCCUUUAAAGUCAAAAUAUUGUUUGUUUUAUUUCCAUAUCAUUAAACACACCCCUAUUAUUGGCUUGCUUUCCUCUGCUCUAUUUUUAAUUGUUGGUCUAUGUUCUCUUGUGUCCGACGGAUGCUUUUGGAGCAUCUCACUUUUGGUGUCACGUCCCACAAAUUUUCAAAACCUCCAAAUUUGCCAAGUUAAAUGUAGUCUGAUACUUAAAAACUCGAGAUCCCGGCUCGGUCCAGCUGUCUUUGAGCGCAAAAGUGGUUUGACGAGGCGUAUUCCUGUAAUACUGACUGCCCCCUACUGCGUCAACGUAGUACAUCAAACUUGAAUUGGUCCGAUGGUUGGAAUAUACGUACGGGUCAGGGCCAUGAUAACACAUUAUUUUUCACAUAAUUAAUUGCACUAAAUUAACGCAUUAAAUAGACAGCCCUAGUAAUAAAAAGAAUAAGUAGGUGUGUCCAAACUUUUGACUGUUAGUGUAUGUUAUUUAUAGUUAUAUGGCAACAUUUGCAAGGCAUGAUUAUGAUAGAACCGUAAAAAAAGAGAGACUUUAGUCAGUCUGUGGUUUUAAGCCAAUACAUGCCAAAAUUAGGUAAUUAGGUCUAACCAUCAUGUCUUUUACAUUCUUUCCUCUCAGAUAGAAACUCUUUUGACAAUACCUCUCUGCAUAAGUAUUUUGAUUGGUUCAAAAUGGUAUGGCAUCAUAAUGACAUGAAAUCAUAAUGUUUAUUCAGUGCAAAAAUCUAAGCCGCUACUUUAGGCCAUUGUUAUUAACUGUGGUGAUGUGAUCUUUAAAGUGUGAAGUCUACCUUCUUUUCCAUAACUAGCUAUAGUAUGAGUUUAGUUAUACAAAUAGAGGAUUAUUUUUAACCGCUUUCUGAUGAUUUUUGCAGACAUUUAGAAUGCAAUACACCCAGUAUUCCCCAAGAUUAGACAUCUGUUUAUCUGUUAGGCUGACUUAAAAAAAAAAAAAACAAAUGUAAUGUCCUUUCAUUGUCCUAAUGUCCUUUGAGUUCUGAUAUGAAGACAAAUAAAUACUAAAAAUGAGACAUACUAUAAACUCAGAGGUAAAGUUUAGGGAUGAUGUGAUAAAAGGUCAGUUUAUUCCAUAAUAUAAAAAUUAAAAAAAAGCCUGAUUUGAAUACACUUCCAAUAUUUUCUUUGGAUGGUUUUCAAAGCUAUAUUUACCAAUGUAUACAAAACGCAAGGUUACAUCCUACCAAAACAAAUUAGAUAAAAUCAGCUCUUAUUAUCGAGUCAAACAAACAAUUUUCUGUUUUAUCACUUAUGUGGUACCUUUCUAUGUUCUGGUACUGAGGUGAUAUGUAUGCUCUACUGUUAUUUGUAUAGUUGUAUAGUUUUUUCUUUUUUUUUGUACAAUAUUUAGUAGAUUAUAUUCACAAGCUAUUAACCAUUUUUAUGCCAUGAACUUGAUAUUCUGAAAAGGAAAAAAAUAUUUUUAGUUAUUUCUUUGUCGAUAGUGUAGAGAGGGGGUUGUACAGUAUCUAAGUGACAUGAAACUGUGCGCACGCACGCACACACACACACACACACACACACACACACACACACACACACACACACACACAUUCAAUUAACAUUCUGUUACUGUCAAGCUAUGAAACUCUGACAGUGGAUAAGAUGUAAAAGUCAAUGACUGCAGUUAAUUAAAACUCACACAUGGUCUAGUCUUUGGAGACAUCCUGACCUCACAAGUACACUUUGACCAGUUUUCCAGACAUUUUGGAAAACAACUGUUUUGAACAGAAUUUUUUGAUGAAGACAUUUACUAUGUUCAUGGUUCUCCUGUAUAUGAUGUUUUACUGUAUACUUUGCAAAAGUUGUGUAUUGUCAA